AUGGAUCUAUUUGUGAAAUCCCGAGGGCCACUUGGAUUGGCGCAUUUCUGUCAAUCUUGGGGUCCCAAAUUCAGCAACUUCGACCUAUUCUUCGACACCUUUUCAAACUGCUUGAUAUUCUACAAGGAGGGCUACUUCGUAAUAUGGGAUUAGUACGACUCCUUGAACAACCAAGGCAAGCAGCCCUUCACUCUGAAUCUAGCCUCAAUUUACAAACAAGUAUUCGCCUGCUGUAUUCAUCCAGAAAAGAACUGUUUGUCACUGCAGAUAUCUGAGAAUACCCUCAUACUUUUGUUUCUAAAGGAAAGAGCUGCUGAAGAGAUUAAGUUGACGUUCUCGAAGGCAAAAAUGAUUCAUGCUUUUUCUUUUCUAUUUGGAGAUGACUUUAACUACUUUGUGGCUACUAACAACUCAAUUGACCUCUAUAAAAUCAAGAGUGAUAAGCAGAAAGCAAAGAUAGUUAAGAGUAUCUCACUACAAAUCAAUGAGCCUUAAUUCUAUUAUGAGCCCAUGGCAAAUGUAGUUCUAAUCUGUGAUAACAAAGGAUAAUGCCACCCUUUUUUCCUUAACAUGUACAAGUAGAAGACUCACAGAGGUAAACCAUUUUAGCUCGACACAGGAUCGAUACCAGUUGACUAGCCUAGCUAGCUCGAUUAUUCUUAGCAGCAACCGCUCUCUAUCUCUACUCAUGCCUCAUACACUAGUGCGUCUGCAGCUGGCUUACCUCACUCCUCCUAACACUAACGCUCCAGCAACAACACUUCUCAAGCAUCCUCGCACUCUUAGGCUCACCUAACUACUGCCAGAGCAAGUUUCAAGGACAGAGCAAUUAACUUCUUGACUGCAGGGCUUCUAAACAGAUUUAAUUUAGCCCCCAGCAUCAACAACAAAAACCUCAAACCUAUAAUCCAAGCUUAGAGUUAGCUUCACAGCAAUAAUGUGCUAGAUACAACUAUUGAUAGCAACAAUCAAAACUUCGUUAAGUCAUUGAGUCAGGAAUCUAAAAAAUCUUAGCAUCAGUUGUUAAUUACUCAGAUAUACAACAAGAUAAUGCUUUUGCAUUUGAAUCCAAGCACAUUCUAACUGCACAUCUUUGAGUUAGACCCAGGCUUUAACUACAAAUAUCAAAGUCUGAUCAAUUUGACUCCUGGGUGUCUCUAUCAGAUGCAAGUUAUUGAUAGUCUGCUUGUCAUUCACAACAUCGAUGAUAAGUCUUCACAGAUGUAUGACUUGAAGCUCCAAGACUAUCAGAUUCCCUUGCUUGAAAGCAAUCUAGAUGUGAAUUUCAAACUUGCUUAAAAAGGGAUAUACGUUACAGAUAUGAUAUAUGCUGAGGAGCGAUAGUAAUUUGAGGAGUAGGUGAGGCCUUUCAGCCGAGAUUCUGCUGAUGGUGGGAGUAUGGGAGAGUUAGGAGGAAUACUUGAUGAGGAGACUCCAGUGAAGGUAGUGCUUGAUAUACCAGUGGAUGAAUCACAAAAGAGUGUGAGUAUUGAUGAUGAGUCCCGCUCUGGCAGUCGAGAUGAACAAAGCAAGGAUAAUGAUGAAAAUCUAAAGGAAUAUGACAUCUAUGAGGAGGGAAACAUUUUUGUCGAUCCUUUAUUCAUAAUCAGUCCAAAGAAUUUCAGCUGCUUAACACUUAAGACAUAACUAUCUAGAUUCAUUAGACAAAUACCUGAUAGCUGUCGUUGUAUACUUUCCCUGCUAAACAGAAUGAGGAACAAGAAGGUGUUCUUAACUCAUUUCAGAGACUUGAUGAUAACUUAGAAGCUGAGUUUGAUUGAGAUUUCAAAGGUCUUCUUGAGAAUUAAUAGUGUUUACAAAUAAGCUUCAAUUGAGAGACAGUCAAUAAAAAAGAAGGCCUCAACUGGCAAUAACUCCAAACUUAUUCUUGAUAACCCUCUAAUGCAAGGUCAUAACACUGAUUUGCUUUUCAUUCAAUAACAAAGACUUGGAAGGUUAAGACCUAAUACUUCAUCUAGCAUGAACUCAAACAUAAAUAACAUAUUGUUAGAGAAUGCUCCUACAAAUAGGGUAUUAAGUGGAGAAGUGAUAGUGUUUCAAAAUGAAUUGCUUGAGAUUUUCAAGGAACUUAUAAACAACUCAACACACCCUAUACUACUACCAGAUUAGUAAAUCAUUAACAGGCCUAAGUCAGAUAAGAUAAUCCUCAAGCCUAAAUAUAUUACAGCAAUAAUUAUGGAAUUCCUAAGAACUCUUCUAGAGAACUCUAUCCCUUAACAGCCUGCUUAGCAAUACUUACUAGUUAAAUACAUCCUAGCUACAAAAGAUUUCUAAAGCUUACACUGUCUUUUACAAUAUCAUGUCCUUGCAGACUCUUUAGAAUUAGCCAGAAUGCUAAUAUAGAUUGGGACAAAGUAAACUUUAAAUGAGCACAGUGAACCGAAAAGUGGAGUCACUCUUCAUUAUGAGCCUGCUUUCUAGCUCGGAUUAGAUAUGCUCAAGAAAAUUAAGAGACACGAAGAUUUAGCAAUGGCUUUAUUAGGCGAGGGACAAAUUUAGAGAGCUCUAGAUGUUAUUUAGGAAAAUUAGGAUUUUAUUUCUAACAGUCUUAGUUUCUCAGCUUUCAGAGAUUAGAUUGACAAACUUAGAUUUAAUGGGUAAAUGGUCAAAGCUGAUCUCGUGCUUAGAAGAUUAAUUGAAAUGAAGAAGCAAGAUGAAAAUAAAGCAAAGAAUGAGAGAGGAUAUAGGAAGAUAUUUGAUUGA